AUGCAAGCCCCACUGCCGUUAGUGAAGGCUUUGGGUGACCAGCGAGAAGUUAGGCAGACUGGUGGCAUUGAGGAUUUGCCACCGGAGACUACAGCAGAAUUGGCCCCGAACGAUAUCACGAAAAGCAACGACUACACAAUCCAGCACUGCAGUCUACUCGCCCCACAGGUCCAAAACGUGCUGGAAAGUCUCUACGAUGUUCUACCACUGGCUAUUCGGGAAACCCAUUACGGGGUAACAAGUGCACCAUAUCAAGCGUUUUUCAAAAAUUCGUAUUACGAGACGGUUGUCCAUGGGAUAUUGAGCAGGGUCACGAUCGGAGUGCCACUUCGUCUGGAUUUCGGCAAAGAAUUGCUAGUGCCGAGUCUCGUCUGCGCAUUGAAACCAGACACAGUGAUCAUUCACAAAGCAGGCCAAGAAUUUGACAUCUAUGAUAUUUGCAAAGGAAAUCCGACUUGGGCGCUCAUGUACUACCCGAAAACACCGAACAUCUUCAUCUGCCCUCUUUUCUUCCUGAUGCCGACACUGCCAGCCGUAGGGAAUUGUCCAACUGUCAACGAGGCUACGAACCAAUUCGAAGGAAACUUUACUGCUUUUUGGCAGUCGCAGAUGUACAUGCUGCUGCAUGAGAUUGCUCAUUUCUACAUUGGCGUCACGGUUGAGGAUAGCGUGGACGAAACCAUGGAUUGGAACUAUGCGUUUUCGCUCUCGCCGAUGAAUGCGACUUCCAAUGCGCUGAAUUAUGUUCUCUUUGUGGCCAGUAAGUGCAUUUUCACCUGGAAUGGUCGGUCUUAUAAACGCUUAGUAUCACCUCGUCGCUGA